CAACACUCUUUACAAUAUGUCGGACAAGUCUCACACCCUUAUGCACAUGUCGAGUGCCGACCAGCACAACCACGGCGGUCCCGAGCCCGAGGAGAAGCGACCUUCUCACGAGCAGGGUGUUGAGAACUCUCACCAGAACCUCGACGCCAAGGACGAAAAGUCCAUUGCUAACAAGCUGGACCAAGCUUCCAAGCAGGAGAAGAGGGAGAAGAAGGCUGAGCAGGAGGACAACAGCAUGCCUACUGACGCUGCCCGAAACCACGGCAACGAGCCCUCCAAGGGUGCCAAGAUCGACGAGCAGAUCGAGCUCGAGGAGCAGGCUGAGCUCAGGAAGAAGGGUAUUCAGCCGUAAAAGCUCGGAAUUUGAGCAAAGGCAGUAGUGUGAUGCGAUGUGACGUACUUUAUUCUUCGGUGGUUUCGGUAUGGAAAUGCACAAUCAUGAAAAUGUAUUAACAUCAUUGCAAGAUAUCUCGCACGGCGUGAGUGACAGCGAGCAUGCGGAGGGCGAAGGCCACGAGCGGGCAAGCAAGCCCAUUCAUUCAAUCGAUAAUGCUGCAACGU